AUGGCAGGCAAGAAGAAAGAAGCAAGUCUGCAGGUGUCUAUCACAAAUCAAGAACAGUGGGAGGAAAUGCUUGCAACCAAAGGUUUAACAGUUAUAGAUGUAAACCAGCAGUGGUGUGGUCCCUGUCGAGCUGUGGUCAGUCUGCUUCGAAAAAUAAAGAACGAACUGAGUGAUGACCUUUUACAUUUUGCCACAGCCGAGGCAGACAGCAUCGAUGCUUUGGAGAAGUAUCGGGGCAAAUGUGAGCCCACCUUCCUCUUCUUCGGGAGUGGGGAGCUGGUGGCUGUGCUGCGAGGGGCCAACGCUCCUCUGCUUCAGAAGAUGAUUGUAGAGGAACUGGCCAAGGAGAAACUGGUCCUGGAUCAAGGCGGUGAACGCAAAGUGGUUAAAGACACUGGUCUGGUGAAUGAUGAGAAGAAAGAAGAGGAGGAGGAGGCGCCUCAGCAGUCAGAAAAUCAAGAAAGCGUAAUUGUUCCUGCUAAUAAAUCCUACACAGUUGCCAUCAUCAAACCAGAUGCUGUUGCUCACGGCAAGGCAAAUGAGAUCAUUAUGAAGAUUCAAGAUGCUGGGUUUGAGAUCCUUGCCCAUGAGGAACGCACGCUGACCGAGGCUGAAGCUCGAGAUUUUUACCAGCACAAAGCAGCAGAGGCUUGCUUUGAGGAUCUGGUGCGGUUUAUGUCUAGUGGUCCCUCCCAUAUUCUGGUACUGUCUCAGGCAGAGGGCUCUGCCAAUGUUGUGCCAGCAUGGCGUGAGUUCAUUGGCCCAGCAGACACAGAGGAGGCCAGGAGAGAAAAGCCAGAAAGCUUGCGGGCACAAUACGGCACACAGACACUGUUCAACGCAGUGCACGGUAGUGAGGACAGCGACCAGGCCAGCAGGGAGCUCGCCUUCUUCUUCCCCAACUUUAGGACGGCCUCAGUAAUGGAGCAGGAUGGGGAGGAAGAGCAUGUGGAGAGGACACUGGCUCUUAUCCGGCCUGACGUUGCCAGAGAGAACAGAGAAAACAUCCUGGCCCAAAUCCACAAGUCAGGUUUCACAGUGGCCCUCCAAAGAGAGGUGAUGUUGACAGAGGAGCAGGUCAGACAGUUUUACUUCCAGCAUGUUGAGGAGGACUACUUCCCUGCACUGCUAAGAAGCAUGACCAGUGGGCCGGUGCUAGCUUUGGCACUUGCCAGAAAAGGGGCUGUCGAUCACUGGAAGAACAUCCUUGGUCCUUCUGACGUUAAUAAAGAGAAGAGUCCCGACUGUCUAAGGGCCCAGUUUGCUGGGGAGAAUGAGCCCAUCAACCAGCUCCAUGGCAGUGCAAGUCAAGAAGACGCAGAACGAGAGAUCAGCUUCUUCUUCCCCAAACAGCGGACUCUGGCAGUGAUUAAACCUGAUGCUAUGGAGGAACACAGAGAGAAGAUUUUGGAGGAGAUCCAUGCCAGUGGUUUCUCUGUAACGCAGCUGAAGGAGACAGUGCUGUCGAGGGACAUGGCUGAGGAGUUUUACAAAGAGCACAGGGAGAAGCCUUUCUUCAGCCAGCUGGUGGACUUCAUGUGUCGGGGGCCCUGUAUGAUGCUUGUCCUGACUAAAGAAAAUGCCGUGGAGGAGUGGAGGGCCAUGAUGGGCCCCACAGACCCUAACCAAGCCAAGGCGACAUCCCCAAAGUCUCUGAGGGCCCGCUUUGCCUCCGACAUCCUCCACAACUCAGUCCACGGAGCCUCAAAUGAGCACCACGCAGAGGAGAAGAUCCGUUUUAUCUUUGGUGACAUCUGCUCAGAUGCAGAGCUCACCAGUGAUGGAGAGACUGACAGAACCAUUUCAGGUGACCCACAUAGUGUGAAUCCUUGCAUCCCGCAGACAGGAGAGAGUGACGAUCCAGGGCAUUCAAACUGAAUCAGCACACCUCUUUUUUUCUCCUUUAUUACUGGUCUUUUCUGCAACAUUAUGGGUACAACACAAAAUGCCAUUCUACUAAUCGUGAAAUAAACACGACAAAUAUAUCUGACAUUUCCACCUUUUUAUAGGUGGUAUUUUGAGAUCAUGUAAUCCUCAGCCAGUGAAUAGGAGCACCUGUAGACAGGGGGUUGAGUUCUCUUAAUACUGCUGAUGGUAG